AUGAAGUACUUUUCGACUCGGGGCGGUGAGACCCAGCUAUCCUUCGAGGAGGCCGUCCUCACCGGUCUCGCGCCUAACGGCGGACUUUACAUUCCUGCCUCGAUCCCAUCUCUCCCUGCCAACUGGGAACAAGACUGGGCGAACUACUCCUUCCAAGAACUCUCAGUGGCUGUGCUGAGUCUGUAUAUCUCACCCGAGGAGAUCUCGCGCGACGAGCUACGCCAGCUGGUGGACAAGUCCUACAGCACGUUCAGGCAUCCGGAUGUCGCACCGAUCGUCCGUCUGCGCGAUGAUCUAUACGUUCUGGAGCUGUUCCAUGGUCCCACGUUUGCGUUCAAGGACGUGGCGCUUCAGCUUCUGGGCAAUUUGUUCGAGUUCUUCCUGCUCCGGCGUAACGCGCGUAAAGCGCCUGGGGAGCGCCCUGAGAAGUUGACGGUGGUGGGCGCGACCAGUGGAGAUACCGGCAGCGCGGCCAUCUAUGGCUUGAGGGGCAAGGCGAAUGUCGACAUCUUCAUCCUGCAUCCCAAGGGUCGCGUCUCGCCCAUCCAAGAGGCGCAGAUGACUACUGUGACGGAUGCGAAUGUACACAAUGUCGCCGUGAAGGGCACCUUUGACGACUGCCAGGACAUUGUCAAGGCUCUCUUUGCGGAUCGCGAGUUCAACGACAAGCACCGUCUUGGCGCCGUCAACUCCAUCAACUGGGCCCGCAUCCUUGCUCAAACAGUCUACUACUUCCUCUCCUACUUUCACGCCAAACGCAAACUCCCCGCCGGAUCCACACUGCAAUACGUCGUCCCUACAGGCAACUUCGGUGACAUCCUUGCGGGCUACUAUGCGAAGCGCAUGGGUCUUCCUAUGGACAAGCUUGUGGUGGCGACGAAUGCGAAUGACAUCCUUGCGAGGUUCUGGAAGUCGGGGAGGUACGAGAAGGCUGAUUCGUCAGCGGUGAUUCCGGAGGGUGGGCAGGCUGCACCUGCAGACGGGGCGAGCGACGGAAAGCAGGCGGAGGGUGGUGUACGGGAGACGCUGAGCCCGGCCAUGGACAUCCUUGUUUCAAGUAACUUCGAGAGGUUGCUGUGGUACCUGGCGUUCGAGGCGGCGCCGGGCGCGUCGGAGGCGGAGAAGGCGAAGGAGGCAUGCACAACACUCGACGGGUGGAUGAGCUCGAUGAAGUCGGACGGACGGGUGCAGGUGCCCACGGCUGUCCUCGAGCUCGCGAGACGCGACUUCCUCGCCGAGCGCGUAUCGGACGACCAGACUAUCGACACCAUCCGCGCAUUCUACUCUGCGACGCCGGCCUAUAUCGCUGACCCGCAUACCGCCGUCGGUCUUACGGCUGCCGAACGCAUCGCACGACCAGGGACGAGCAAGUCUACACUGAUCGUUCUCUCCACCGCUCAUCCCGCCAAGUUCUCCGAGGCAGUCACCAAAGCAUUGAACGGCAGCCUAGGUGUGAACUUCGAUCGCGAUGUCUUGCCGAAAGAGUUCGUGGGCUUGUUGGAGAAGGAGAGGAGGGUGAUUGAUGUGGAGGCACCGAAGGUUGAGUUGGUCAAGGAGGUUGUGGAGAAGUAUGCGCAGAAGGUUGAGGGCGGCGCUGGGUCGGGGCCGAGUGUAUGA